UAAAAUUCAAAAUUGGGUUCUCUCACUCUCUUCUUUCUCUCUAGCCUAAAGUUCGUUAUCGAUUGAUCACACACUAUCGUGAAUUUGAAGAAGAGCUGCGUCCUCGUCUGCUGGGUGAGAUCCUACGAUGAAGAUGAACAUCAACAAAGCCUGCGAUCUGAAAUCUAUAUCUGUGUUUCCUCCUAAUUUAAGUAGGAGAUCAGCUGAACCACAAGCAUCUCAGCAGCUUCGAUCACAGCCGUCGCAGCAGUCCUUCUCUCAGGGACCUUCGUCUCAGCGUGGUUGUGGUUUUUCUCAGAUGACUCAGAGUUCUGUCGAAGACCUCCUCAUCAACGAUCAGAGAUUUAGUUCUCAGGAACGAGAUUAUUCUUUGAAGAAGGUUAGCUGUUUACCCCCAAUCAAUCAUAAACGAGAUGAGACUCAGUUGGUUGCAUCUAGAUCUUCCAGCGGUCUUACGAGAAGGUGGAGUUCUGCUUCAGUUGGGGAAUCUAAAUGUCAGAUCAGUGAUGAACUUGAGCAACGGUUUGGGAUGAUGGAAACUUCUUUGAGCAGGUUUGGAAUGAUGUUAGAUUCAAUUCAGAGCGACAUCAUGCAAGCCAACAGAGGAACUAAAGAAGUAUUUCUUGAAACUGAACGCAUACAGCAAAAGUUGAUUCUUCAAGACACUUCACUACAGCAGCUGAUGAAGGAACAAGCAGAUGCUAAAGCUAGUCUUGAUGGAGGUGUUAAAUCUAUUUUGGAGGAAUUCAGCAAAGAUCCCAAUCAGGAAAAGCUACAGAAAAUCUUUCUGAUGCUAACAGCUAUCCCAGAGCAAGUAGAAUCUGCUCUGCAGAGAAUACAAAGGGAAAUCUGUCACACGUUUACCAGAGAGAUUCAGGUCUUGACUAGUUUGAAGAUGUCUGAGCCAAGGGUUCAGGUUCCAACAGCACCACAAGUGCAGACUAAGGAAAACCUGCCUGAGCAGUGCAGUCCAGCAGCCAAGGUUUUGGCGAGCUUAAAGAUGCCUGAGCCAAGAGUUCAGGUUCCAACAGCACCACAAGUUAAGGAAAACUUGCCAAAGCAAUGCGUCCCAGCAACCAAGAGCAAUCCCUAUUGUAAUACUGCACUGAAAACAAAACAACCACAGCUUCCCAGAAAUCCAUCUAACGCACCAGCCAGAGCUGUGAAAACAUAUUUAUCCCCUGAGAUACAAGUGGGAUCUUGGAAGACGGUGAAACCAAAACAGAGAAUUUUCAAGAAAAGAGCAGCAGGAAAGUCAGUAAAGUCAGAAGGCACUGGAACACAGUUUGAACAUUGCAGUGUUAUCAUAGAUUCAGAUGAAGAUAUCGAUGGGGGCUUUUCGUGCUUGAUUGACGGGAACACCAAAGGAGCGAACUUCGAAUGGGACGCAGAGAAGGAAACUGAAAGAAUUCUGAGGACAGCGAGGAGGACAAAGAGAAAGUUCGGUAACCCCAUAAUUAUUAACUGAAAUCGAGGUAAGUUAGGAGUAAGAGCUACGCUUCUCUUUUUUACAUUUCUAUACCUGAAAGCUAAAGCAUGUUUAAGGUGAUUUUAAUUGGAUAGAUUUUCACAGUUGUGACUCUAAUAUGUUAUUGAAUUUUCAUUAUGGCAUAAUCUAUCUCAGUAUGUUA